CCCAGGGGGCAACGCGCAGUCCCGAAGGCUUUACAAUGGAAACUUGUCUCGGGCACCCUACUGAGAUAGAAUGGGAACUGCCCCUUCCGUCUAGCACUGUCUGUGUCGAAGGAAAGCUGGGAGGAGGCGGGUGCGGGAGGAACUUCAAAGUCCAGCAGGCCCCGCGCGAACGACGCCUGCGCGAUGAGAGGACGGGGGGGCGGUCGGGCCAUUUAAAUGUGUGUGUGGGUGAAAUGGCUGCGCAGGUCGGAGCGGUGCGCGUAGUGCGGGCGGUGGCGGCGCCCGAGGAGCCGGACAAAGGGGGGAAGGAAAAGCCCCGGGCCGGGGCCUCGCCCCGAGGGACUAAGAGGCAGCGCCGGGCGAGCAGUGGGGGGCCCCGAGAAAAGCGGGGGCGGCCGAGCCAGGAACCCCCUCCCGCUCCCCCUUACCGGCGGCGUCGCAGCCGCCAACAACCGGGGCCGCCGCCAGCUCCCGCUGCAGCCUCCACCGUCCCGGGCCCCUCGGAGCCACUUCUGCUGCCGCCGCCGCCGCCGCCGCCCUCGUUGGCCCCCGCGGGGCCCCCUCUGGCCGCCCCGCUGGCGGCCUCGGCGCUCUUCACCUUCUCCCCACUGACGGUGAGCGCGGUUGGGCCCAAGCACAAGGGCCACAAGGAGCGCGAGAGGCACCGGCACCACCAUCACCACGGCAGCGAUCCGGGUUCGUCGGGCGUCGCCGGCCCCAAGCACAAGGGCAAGCGGGAGAACGGCGACCAGAGCGGCGGGCUGUCUCCGGCCAAGGCUCCCAAGAGAGAAACACCAGACGAAAAUGGCAAAACCCAGAGGGCUGAUGACUUUGUCAUGAAGAAAAUAAAGAAGAAAAAGAAAAAGAAACAUCGAGAAGAUAUGCGUGGGAGACGUCUUAAAAUGUACAACAAAGAAGUACAGACUGUCUGUGCUGGCCUGACCCGAAUUAACAAGGAGAUUCUGACCCAAGGACAGGUGAAUAACAGUACAGGAGUUAACAAGGAAUCCUUCAGGUAUCUAAAAGAUGAGCAGUUGUGCCGACUGAAUUUGGGCAUGCAAGAAUACCGGGUACCCCAGGGAGUCCAAACACCAUUUAUGACUCACCAGGAGCAUUCUAUUCGUAGCAACUUCUUAAAAACAGGCACUAAAUUUAGUAACUUUAUUCACGAGGAGCAUCAGUCCAAUGGUGGUGCUCUAGUUCUUCAUGCCUACAUGGAUGAACUCUCAUUUUUGUCUCCAAUGGAGAUGGAGAGAUUUUCUGAAGAGUUCCUUACUCUGACAUUCAGUGAAAAUGAAAAAAAUGCAGCUUACUAUGCAUUAGCAAUAGUGCAUGGGGCAGCUGCUUAUCUGCCUGACUUCCUGGACUAUUUUGCUUUUAAUUUUCCCAACACUCCAGUGAAAAUGGAAAUUCUGGGCAAGAAAGAUAUUGAAACAACAACCAUUUCAAACUUUCAUACUCAGGUCAACAGGACAUACUGCUGUGGAACCUACCGCGCAGGUCCUAUGCGGCAGAUAAGUCUUGUUGGAGCAGUAGAUGAAGAAGUUGGUGAUUAUUUCCCAGAAUUCCUUGAUAUGUUAGAAGAAUCACCAUUUCUGAAAAUGACUUUGCCCUGGGGCACACUCUCCAGUCUCCGACUCCAGUGUAGGUCUCAGAGUGAUGAUGGCCCCAUAAUGUGGGUGAGACCUGGAGAACAGAUGAUCCCUACAGCAGAUAUGCCAAAGUCACCCUUCAAAAGACGCCGAUCAAUGAAUGAAAUUAAAAACCUCCAGUACCUGCCUCGGACCAGUGAGCCCAGAGAGGUUCUCUUUGAAGAUAGAACGAGAGCCCAUGCUGAUCAUGUGGGUCAGGGGUUUGACUGGCAGAGUACGGCUGCUGUGGGGGUUUUGAAAGCUGUACAGUUUAGUGAAUGGAGUAACCAACCUCGAAUAACCAAAGAUGUGAUUUGUUUUCAUGCUGAGGACUUUACUGAUGUUGUACAGAGACUUCAGUUAGAUCUUCAUGAACCUCCAGUGUCACAGUGUGUUCAGUGGGUGGAUGAAGCUAAACUAAACCAAAUGAGGCGAGAAGGCAUUCGUUAUGCUAGAAUCCAGUUGUGUGAUAAUGAUAUCUACUUCAUCCCAAGGAAUGUCAUCCAUCAAUUUAAAACCGUGUCUGCGGUAUGCAGUUUAGCCUGGCACAUAAGGCUUAAGCAGUACCACCCUGUUGUGGAAGGCCCUCAGAAUGCUGAAAGUAAUUCCAACAUAGAUUUUGAUAUCACUGGAAAAUCAGAAUCAGAAGCUAAUUCUCAAUGUGUGAGUAUAAAAACUGAGUCUGAAGGAACAAGUGCAGAGAUGCAGCUUUUGACAACUGCCUCUUCAUCUUUCUCAACUCCAUCGGGACUUGUACAGCAAGAUCAGGGGGCUCAGCUCCUUCCAACUAUAAAGCUGGAACCCGGCCUGGAAUCCGACCAACCACAUGAUCCACAGGAUCAUCCAAGCACUCCUGUGUGAUAUGUAUAUAUUCAAACACAUUUUUUUAACUUUUUUAAAUUUUGAUGUGAAGUUAUAGUUUUAUAACUGGCUUAAGUUAAGUUUUAUUGGAGAAAUCUUGCCUAUAAUUCUAUAAAGAGAAAUGACAUUCCAAAAAUGUCAAGCAUAUCUUUUUUACACAGAUUAUGCAAAGUUAAGAGUUGUAUCUUAUCCCGUUAGUACAGUAUGUAAUAGUGGGUCUGCUGCUACUUUCUGUUUAAGGUGUGAGGUAACAGUUCAGUUGCUCUUCAAAUCAAAAUAGGAACUCCCUGGAGUUACAGAUUCUAAUUUGGUAAAUUGAUCACUCCCUUGUUUCAUCUUGUCUCUUGCCAUAUUUGCUCCUUUUAUAAAGUAAGAUCUGUAGCUUAGUGCCUGUGUCCUUUAUUGAACAGGUACAAUUUCUGCAGUAAAGAUGGCAUUGGCUGUAGGAUGGUGUUCCUGCAUCCUGUUUCCUGGCAAGUGUGGCAUUUAAGUUCCAACUACAAAGAACAAGUGACUUCUGUGGAUGUUUAGGUGACUCUCCAAUUUCUUAGUGAAAGAGAAAGCACAGCACUUUGAAUGAUCACAAGGUCUUCUUUGUAUCUGUUCUUGAAAGCCCAGAGGAGAACUUCAGUAAAUCUACAAACAAGUUAUCCCUAGUCAUUAUUUUUGGCUCAUUAAUCGAGAGUUCAAGAUCAACUGUAGAAGAUGUUCUAGUUAAAAAUGUAGAGUUGAUAUGAUAACUGGGAUGCUCUGCCCAACACCUCCGCCUUUGGUGUGGAUACUUUGCUUCCUAAACUCAUCAGUAGUCUCAGAAUUAGAAACUGCUCUCCAUUCUGCUGAUGAGGCUGCCAUAUUUUUGAGCAUCAACUUUGGGUAAGACUCUGCUUGAUGUCAGCUGGCUUCAAUCUCUUCAUGAUAAAAAUCUAGUAUUACUAAUGCACUUAAAUUCACAAUUGUAACUGGUGCAUACCUGAGUUUAUUCACUGUUGUUGUGUUGCUAUUUCCUAGUUAGGAAUAGUUGCACUAGACUUUUCACCCUAGAGUUUUCAGGUAGCCUGAUGCAAUAGUGCCUGGAUGCUUUUAUUUUUAUUUUUAUUAUUAAAACGGGCACAGUUCAUCUAGUUUACGUAGUCUCAACAUUUUGUUAUUUGCGAAUGUUAAUGUGAUGUGCAUCUCACUUUCUCUUAGUUCUUAAUAAUGCCAAUAGGCCUUUGUUUAUUAGAAGAAAGAGUCUCCCCCACCUAAAGACCAGACUUGGCAUAUUUACUUGGUUAUGGUGCAAUUUGGAGUUUGGUUCUUUUCCUUUCUGGAAUAGGUGAGAUUUGGAAAACUUAUGUUAACAUAGGCAAAAAAGAUGCAGCUUCAUUAUGUCUGUCACCAUGAAAACUCAGCUGCAUCUUUUGAAAUAUCAAUUAUGAAUUUUCUCUAAAAGUUUCUGAAAUAGGUUAAAUCUGUUAUAUAAAUAUUACUUUGUGCAAUAUUGUUGUGUAGUUAUAUGCAUAUUAGCACAGUAUAGGGGUCACUGUUUAAACUGAUAGAAAAGUAACCAUCAGAAAAUACUGCAGUGAUUAGGUUAGAAUCUGUAUUAUUCCUUAUAUAUAUAUAUGUAUAUGUAUGUAUUCUUUGUUACAAAGAAUGAAGACAAAUAGAGAAACAUUUCAAUUUAAACCAUUUACAAAUUGGAAGUGAUGGUGAAUGUUUAGUAAUCUGUGUAAAUAAGGUGUUAGCGUGGAAACCUUUUAUGAAAGGUAAUAUGAUUCAUGCAGGGGUGUUUUUAAAUCUUGGGUAAAAAUUCUAGGGUAAAAAUUCUAGUUCAUCAAGGCUAGUUUAGAGAUCUGCCCUGAGUUUUUUUGGCUUUUAUCAAUUUUUUUUUUUUGAAUUUUGUCCAGAAGAAUUUCAUAGAGCUUUACCAGGCUGUACAAAGUAAAAUUCUUCUCAGGCAACAUUUUGCUUCAGUGCAGUUUUGAUAUUUAUAAAAAUCAUGAAGAGCAAGGUUAUUAACAGGAAUAUUGUUUUUCAAUUCCUCUUCAUUCACUUUUGUCUUCCAAGAUCCCAUCUCCCCCAUCUCCUACUUGCCAUCCAGCAGAUGCCAUUUGUCAUCUAAGCUGGUCAUUGCUAACAAACAAGGAGACUGUCUCCUGACAGCCAGCACUGUGUAUAUUUACUCAGGAACCAGCAAAUCUGCAAAGACUUUACAAUCAAAAGCAAAACUCCGUUUUUAUCGUUUAAGACAUUUUACCCUCACCUCCAAUAUAAACAUUUAAAAAGGUAUAAGCCUUUUAUAUCAUGUAGUAAUAAAUUCAUUGUAUUUUAGAAUUGCAGUAGAAUGGGAAGGGGGAAAAACCAUUAGCUUGUAAUAUGUAUCUGGAAACUCCUGAAUGUCCUACGUGAGUAUUAGAUUUUAAUAGCAUGAUUUUAAGACUGAUGAAUAUAAAAGCAGGCAAGCUUGAGUUUCAUACUGCUUUCAAAGUUGUAUCCUAGGUUAGUGAAAUAAACAAUUGAAACUUUUCUAAAUAAUUAAAUUAUUUGGUUUUGGUGGUUUUAGGCAUGGAGCAAUUCCAUGUCCUUUGAUUUGUAAAAUAGUGAUGGCAAUUUUGAACUUUUAAGUAGAAUUAAGCUGAUCUUCCUCUUCUGUAUAAAUCCAAUGUGCCAACUCUUUUAGAGAUUAUAUCUCUUGCAGAGAGUAUAGGUAUAAGAUGUAAAAUUCUUUUGAAGCAGAGGGAUGGCAGAAAUGUCCUUGUUAUUAUAAAGGGCCUAAUAAAUUAAUAUUCUUAACCCUACUGACUUUAAGGCACCCUUUGACCAGUAUGAUGGUUGGCUCUGUGGUAUCCAUUAAAACAACAAAACAGAACACCACAAAUGCAUUAAACCUUCUCUUUCCCCUCCUCACCAGUUUUAUAAUCAUAAGUGAUAUGCUAGGAGUGAAAGUGCAACUUAACACAAGUAUAUUUUAAAGUGUAACUUCAUGUAGUUAAAGAGUAAAUCUAUGUAAGGGAAAGAUUACAUGUAUAUGAUCUCUCCAUGACCAUUACUAUUUACAAUUUUUUAAAAAAGGAUAUUUAGUGAUUAUUCAAGUGUAGAAGUUAUAUGGAUUAUCAUUACAGAGGUGUAGGUGUGUAUGUAUGGGUGUAUGAGAAGAGAGUGUUUUGUAUGGAAGGAGGUGUCCCAAAUAACCAAUAGACACCCAUUUUUAAGUUAACUGUGAAUUUGAGGGUGCUUAUCUAAAUACUUAACUCAGUUCAAAUGCCCCUGAAUUUGUUUUACUUAAUCAAAAAAUGGUCUUCCUACAAUUAGAAACAGAGUGAUAUCAUCUAAAGAAUAUUGCACACAAGAAAAACUAGCCCUACUUUAUCUUUGGGAAUAUAUAUUUACUUUAGUAAAGAAUUUUAAUCACUAUUGUUAGGUUUACAAUCCAAAUUUAGUAGUGGUUGGAGAAAAUGUUGCUUAUUAAGUCCUUUUCUAUCCUUCUGGAUUUUCUUUCCUUUUAAAACAGAAUGUUUUAUAACUUACAGGCUACCUUGUGUUAGGACAGGACCCAAAACUCUGCAAACACAUACUUGGUGAAUGCAUUCUUGACAAUAACAACAGUGGGCUUUAAAUUUUCUUCCACAUUUGGCCACUGAAAGGUCUGUUUGCAUUCUCACCUAUAGAAAAAUCUAGUCCAUGUCUCCAAUAAGUUGUUUUGUUAAUAAUGCCACAAGGAUUUUUUUUAAAAAAUUAAAAAAAAAUUUAACCUUCACUGGCACAUACCACUAGUUUCAAGUUCACAUUUGUGCUGAAUUUUAUUUUUAUAAACACAGAUUGCAGCCAUAACGGUCCUAUAGUAGGUAGAGGAAAGGCAUAAGCUAAAUGUUUUUCUUCAGUACCAACAGGACCUUUUAUUAUUCUGAAAGUUCAUGUUGCAGAUUAAAAUUUACAUUGCUUUAAGAGCAAGUAUCUCCAUAAAUAUUAUGGCCUUCCAUAUUGUUCAUAAACUUUUUAGGAUCCACUUGUGCAUGUAAUUGAGGAGAAUACCUCCUCUUAAUAUAGCACUUUUCAAUUCUCUCUAAAGGAAUACUUUAGUACUACUUCUAUCACAUGUUGUAAAGUUUCGUGUAAUAGUGUUUUCUGUGACUAAAACUCCAUUUUGAUCGGCAGCUAAGAUUUUUUUUUUUCUGUGGCUUUAAUUUAUCUGAGGUCUUUGCAUAUAGAUGAAAUUAUAAUUUGCCUGGAGGACUGUUUGCAUUGUACGGCCUUAGUAUGUUUAUUGACAUUAAAAAGUGUUUUAAAGAGGUUUUUAAUGAAUAGUCUAAACCUAAAUCUAUGUGAAUAAUAAUCCUUUAACAGUGCAUUUCUUUUUGUAGCUGACUGUCUAAGCGUGUUAAAUCGUUUAAGCUAUUUCUUUGUAAAAUAGUACAAUGGAAUGCAUAGAGGUUUUUUUCCUGUAAAGUAUUUUUUUAAUAAACAAAGUCUGAUUUGUCCUUUAAUAAA